AUGCUGCUGGUUGCAGGUGCGCCGAUGAUAUCGAUUGCACCGUUGGAUCGGGUGCAGCGGUGCACUGGCGAGUGGAGCUUCUCGGUGCAUCCGGAGAUCGAGGCUCGUGUCAGUCGUGCGGUGCAGGAUGCCGUGUCCGAGUGGCGGAGACGCCGUCGUGAUGCACGCAGUGCAACAGCACUCGAGUCGAACUCCGCCUGUGCACGCACUCUUAUCAAUGCUUUCGAUUCAUUCCUAUCCUACGGGUUUAAAGAAGGGAAUCGCUUAUAUUGGCUGUAUGUGCGCGAAUUUAUGUCUCGAAGUGGCGUGGAUUAUCUGAAGCGAGAAUGGCGUGCCAGCACCGCUCGACAGCUCUCGUCUUUCCAGCACAACCCGGCACUCAUUCGAAAGUUUUAUCAGAAGGAGGCAUUGAUGGCAAAUCGCGCCCUUCUCGCACGUAUCGUCCAGCAGCUCGUCCAACUUGUCGAUGUGCAGUUCAGAUUUUUGAAACCAUUUGAGAGCCACAAUGGAGUUCCAUUAGCAGUUGUACGCCCAACACUGAUCGAUCUCGGACCGCCAAUGGCGAAUAACCGAUUGGCAGCUUCUUCAGCAGCGGUCGGAUUAUCACAGGACGAAGAAGAACGGAGGCAUGCAUCGAAUUGCUACAGUGAACGUGCAGCACAUUCUCUGGAUCAUUCAACGGUGGCGCUGCUUAACGUACCCAUAGCACCUGACUUCUCACCGCCGGAUAAUGAGAAGACCAAUGAGAGGAGCGGCGAAUUGGACGGUUCAGGACGUGCUUCGUACAAGGAGGGCAAUACUGCUACUGAUGCUAACGGAAAUGCUUCGAUAACAGAAACAGCUGUGAGUGCGCCAAUGGAUCCAUUCGAUAUAGCCCUGAAAACGAGCAUGUCCAAAGUGAAGCUAUCUGCGGAGAAUGAUGAGAAGCAGCAAAAUCAUCACGAACGCCGAGCAUCACCGCAACCAACUCUAACAGAUAUUCCAUUUGGGGAAGUGAGGUUGAAUAUGGGUGAAAUUAUUGCUCUCAGUAUAAACGUUUUCAAAUAUGACGCUGAAAGAUUCAUGCGUUUAUUCCAGGUUGGUCCGGACUUUCAAGUCUUAUAUUUCCGUGCCAAGAAGGAUUACAAUGUCCGUGCAGUGGGUUCUGGCAAAUUUUCAUCAACCCUUGAAAUAUGCACAGCAUGUAUGCAGCUGGGCGCUGCCAUUUUAGAUGUCAUAAAAUAUACAUAUGAGAAUUGUAUCUCGAGCUUGCAUCCUGAAAAAUCCAAAUUAAAUGUACAUACGGAAUCCACGCCGCAGCAUCUCAUUCUUCGCCGUUUUAUGUCAAAGGAGCUGCACGAGGACAAGCUUACACUUUAUGGCUACUAUCUUGCACAAUGGCGACAAACGAAUAUGUACAGCGCCAGUGUCGAAGGUUGUCAGCAUAGUGGCUUCUUGUACCAUAAGGAGAUUCGCGGCGGUAUUAUGCGGCUUCUUGGUUCCAACAGUUUCCAGCAGAGUUAUUUUCUUCUACAGAAUAAGAAGCUUUAUCAAUUUUCGGAUUCUACAUGCAAAUUCGGAGAGCGUGUAAUACCUGUCCGGGAUUCGGUAAUGGAUGUGGUGGAGCUCAAGGAUCGCUCUGCACAUAUGUUUGAAAUAUCGCUUGUUGAUGGUAGCAGAAUUCAGUUCAUAUGCCAAAGCGCUGCUGAUAUGCACAAGUGGGUAUCACUGAUUACGCUUGCCAUCACAUCCACUGAUUUGAACGACAAGCCGGCUGCCUGUGUAGUAUGUAUAUGUGAGAGAAGUAUUCUGGUGGCACAAGAAGGCAUGAACUGUGCCACUGAUGGGUUUAUGCGAUUGCUGGUACGCAUUGACCUGGCAUCGGUAUCGCAGGCAACUGGAGUAUUUGCUACUGAUCGUUCGGCAUGUGUCAUUAAGAAUAGUGGAAAAAUGGACUGGCUGUUGCUCAGGUCACCAGAUGAAGUGGACCGCUUGCUGGCGCAGCUCGACCAGCUUGGAAUGAGGAAGAUAAACUCGGAAGAAGGCGGCUCAUCGCGUUUAUCAGCGAUCCUCAAUUCGAUGUCACCAGCGCGCGAUAUUUUCCAGUUCACGAACUCCCUCGCGAACGAUGCAUUCGAGACGUCGCUGGACCUCUGA